AUGUGGCAAGAUUUAGGUUACGAUGAAGCAUCAUGUGAAGAUUUACUAAUAAAACUUCGUGCUUAUAAGCAUAAAGAAAAACCUUAUAUUCAGCCAUUUAUAAUGGAAAAAGAAUCACCAUUAAAGUG